GUUGUAAGGCGGCUGCAGGUUCCUCCCUGCGGAGCCGCUGAUCCAGCAGGCGGGGAUGUGACCACGGGCCUUUCCGGCCUGCCCCGGGCGUCGCAUCAACUCCCGUGUCAGUGCCCUCAAUCUCCACUGAUGGCGGGGUCCAGCUGCGCUUGGGGCGCGGAGCCACCGCGGUUUCUGGAGGCCUUCGGGCGGCUUUGGCAGGUACAGAGCCGCCUGGGCAGCGGCUCCUCCGCCUCGGUGUAUCGGGUACGCUGCUGCGGCACGCCCGGCUCACCCCCUGGCGCCCUCAAGCAGUUCUUACCGCCGGGAACCACCGGGGCGGCGGCAUCGGCCGCGGAGUAUGGUUUCCGCAAAGAGAGGGCGGCGCUGGAGCAGUUGCAGGGUCACAGGAACAUCGUGACUUUGUAUGGAGUAUUUACAAUCCACUUCUCUCCAAAUGUGCCAUCACGUUGUCUGUUGCUUGAGCUCCUGGAUGUCAGUGUUUCGGAAUUGCUUUUAUAUUCCAGUCACCAGGGUUGUUCCAUGUGGAUGAUACAGCAUUGUGCUAGAGAUGUCCUAGAGGCCCUUGCUUUUCUUCAUCAUGAGGGCUACGUCCAUGCAGACCUCAAACCACGUAACAUAUUGUGGAGUGCAGAGAAUGAAUGUUUUAAACUCAUUGACUUUGGACUUAGCUUCAAAGAGGGAAAUCAGGAUGUAAAAUAUAUUCAGACAGACGGGUAUCGAGCUCCAGAAGCAGAAUUGCAAAAUUGCUUGGCCCAGGCUGGCCUGCAGAGUGAUACAGAAUGUACCUCAGCUGUUGAUCUGUGGAGCCUAGGAAUCAUUUUACUGGAAAUGUUCUCAGGAAUGAAACUGAAACAUACAGUCAGAUCUCAGGAAUGGAAGGCAAACAGUUCUGCUAUUAUUGACCACAUAUUUGCCAGUAAAGCAGUGGUGAAUGCCGCAAUUCCAGCCUAUCACCUAAGAGACCUUAUCAAAAGCAUGCUUCAUGAUGAUCCAGGCAGAAGAAUUUCUGCUGAGAUGGCAUUGUGCAGCCCAUUCUUUAGCAUUCCUUUUGCCCCUCAUAUUGAAGAUCUGGUAAUGCUUCCUACUCCAGUGUUAAGACUGCUAAAUGUGCUGGAUGAUGAUUAUCUUGAGAAUGAAGAGGAAUAUGAAGAUGUUGUAGAAGAUGUAAAAGAGGAGUGUCAGAAAUAUGGACCAGUGGUGUCUCUGCUUGUUCCAAAGGAAAAUCCAGGCAGAGGACAAGUCUUUGUUGAGUAUGCAAAUGCUGGUGAUUCCAAAGCUGCUCAGAAACUGCUUACAGGAAGGAUGUUUGAUGGGAAGUUCGUGGUGGCUACAUUCUACCCACUGAGUGCCUACAAGAGGGGUUAUCUGUAUCAAACCUUGCUUUAAUCAGUAACCCAAGGAUUCAUUCUCCUCUUCCAUUUCCUGGGUUAUUGUAUUCCACAUUUGAAUGCAGAAGUACCUUCCAACCAUUUUAAGGGGGUGCUUUGUCCAUUUAUUUAAUCCUACUAAUAUGCAGUCAGUGGCCAGGUAGCGACUGCAUUGCAGACAUUUGGCACUGAGUAGGACAAAACCUCUCAGCUAUACAUUGAGGGGGUUCUAGCGCAUCCAUGUGGGCAGCCUUCGCUGUGCCGUAGGGCUGGUGCUGCUCCUCAGUAUGUAACCUAAAACGAUAUUAGGUCAUGUGAUCAUGAAGCAAAGAUGACUAAUAACGUGUCAUAGUGAAUGUUACUACAAGAUUUGCUAGCGCUGGUGACAUCACUUAGAGAUGAUUCCUUUACGUUGUCAGGUGGUCCUUAUCUCUGAUAUCCAUAGCUGGCACUGGAUUCUCUGUAAAGUUAUGUAAUUGUAAAACAGCACUUACCUACUGUGUUCUUAACACUGAGUUGUGAAUUUUUUUAAAGGAGUACUGUUGUCCUGAAUAUUACUUUAAAGAACCUGCGGUGAGCCUAUCCACUUUUUUUUUUUAAUUACAGCUUUUAAAAUAGAAAGCUGAUGCUUGAUCUUGCACAAUUUUUAUGUCUUGUAUGUGUGCUAAAGUGUGUGUGCAGGUGUGAGAGAGUCGAGUAAACUGAGUCAAUGUACUGUAUAGUAAGAGUUUUGUUAGCUAAGACAGUCUGUACCCAUCUCUCCCCUACGUGUUUUAUAUAUGUCAGUUUUUGAAAAAUGGUCUGUCGUAAUGUAAAUGGCAAAAUAGUUCAUUCCUUAGAGGCUCAACACACAGGAGCCUAGACUGUUUGGGGUUACAUUGAAGAUAAAGGUGAACCUAAGAAACAGAAAAGGUUUUGC